AUGCUUGGAAUCCGGGGAGAAUGGAGGGCAAUCGCAAUCAGCUUGUUCAUCACGAUUGCUGCUUUUCAGUUUGGAUUCGACUCUUCCUACUACUCUGGUAUCCUUGAUAUGGAUCCCUUCAUCAAAGCUUAUGGACACUACGACAGCGCGACCGGUAGCUAUGUUCUCAGCUCCAGCAUUCAGUCACUUACCACUAGCAUCAUCAACGUCGGGGAGCUCAUCGGCGCUGUCUCCUCCUACCUGGUAGACGAUCGCAUCGGACGUCGAGGAGGGCUCUUUGUGUCUAGUGCCUUUGUUACUGCCGGUGUGAUCUUUCAGGUCGCUGCUGAUAACCUCGCCUUGUUGAUCGUUGGAAGGCUGUUAAUGGGCUACGCGGUGGGACUGAUUUCGUGCCUGGUCCCCUUGUACGUUGCCGAUUGUGCACCUACCCGCUUUCGUGGAGCAUUGGUCUCCGUGUACCAGUUUGAUGUUGGGCUUGGACUGUUGUUCGGUGUGAUUGUGGACUAUGCUACCAAGGAUCGAACAGAUAGUGGUUCCUAUCGGAUUCCGAUGGCAGUUCAGCUUGUCUUCCCAAUCAUUCUAGUUCCCGGCCUCAUACUGUUUUGCCCCGAGUCCCCUCGCUGGCUCUUAUCGAAGGGAAGGACGGAACAAGCCCGAGCAGCCCUUCGACGACUGUACGGUGAUCAGCCGGACUUUAUCGAGAGCGAGAUAGUAUAUAUCUCAAGUAUGGUUGAGGAAGAGCAGCGAAACGAUAGUUCUUGGGGAGACCUGUUCAAGUGGAAGGUAGAUGGACGGAAGACCUAUCUAGGAUGCUCCAUUCAGGCGUUUCAACAGGCCUCAGGCAUCAACUUUAUAACCAGCUACGGGAUUGUCUUCUUUUCGCAAAUUGGAAUUACAAACUCAUUCCUCAUUCAGAUGGGCCUGUACCUUACGCCGAUGCCUGCGGUCUGGCUAAAUCAGUACUGUGUUGAGCGCUUCGGUCGACGGGUGAUGCUGCUUGUUUCCUGCUCUUUGGUGUGUGUGGUCUUGUUCGUCGUCGGUGGGGCGGGAACGGCCACGGACAAGACCAUGGGCUUAGACCGAGUCAUCGUAGCAAUGGUCUACAUCUUCAUGGUCGUGUUCAAUCUUGCCCUGGGACCCGCCGUGUGGGUGGUCACGUCAGAGAUCUCGACCGGCCCCAACCGCAGCAAACUCAUGGCCACCUCGACUGGUACCAACUGGUUCUUCAGCUGGGUAGUCACGUUCACCUUUCCGUACUUGUUCAACGCGGAUGGAGCCAAUCUCAGCGCCCGGGUGGGUUUCAUCUACGGUGGCCUGAUGUUGGGCGCAGCAGUGUGGAUUUACUUUCUCUUGCCGGAGACGGCCGGGCGAUCCCUGGAGGACAUCCAAGUGAUGUUCGAAAAUGGAGUUCCAGCGCGCAAAUUCAAAUCAUAUGAGAUUCCUCAGACAACGCGCCUUGCUGUCCUGGAGGAUGAGAAAGAAGUCCGGGCUACAGAAAUGGAGAGUGUAUGA